ACACAGUCAAAAAGACUGACAAAAACAAACAACUCCGCUUUCAACGCUUUGUUUCUUUCAAUUUGCUUUCAACCUUUCCAUCUUCAUGGGAUCCCCAGAAUUCCACAUUCUUCGGCUCUAAGCUCCAACAAAUCAUAUGAACAAAUAAGAAAGAAUCAGAAAUAAUAAUCUCAUCCACCAUAAAAUCUAGUACAAACAUCAUCACCAUCUCUACAAUAUUCAAUGGAAGGAAGGAAACAAGGAGAUGUCAGAAUCUAUAUUGUCUCAACCCUUUUCUUUGCCUGCAUUGUUGCAGGCGGCGUAUUCCUAUGCCUUUACAUGCUCCGGCCUGACGAGGAAUCUGCACCCUGGUAUCCAGUUGCAGGGAUCAUUCUCGUGGGCAUUCCCUGGAUCUUUUGGAUUGGUGCUUACGCAUACAGGUGUUGUGCAUAUAGCUGUUGUCAAAACGGUGGAGGAAAUGUUAACAGGGCACAUAUCAGCUCAGCAAAAACACAGACUUAUGCAUCUCCAGGACCUGCAGCCAGAUCAAUGCGUUCAUCGGAAUAUGAAAAUUCGCCUUUGAAAUCGCCAAAUGGUGAUCAUCGUCAUGUUCAUUUCGGGGAGGUUGUUGUGAUGGGAGGUGCCAAGAACGAUCAGAAUGACAAUGGUGAUGAAAAUCCGCAUGAAGGUGCAAAAGGGUAUUCUGAAACAGAACAGGAAGGUAAAGAACAUUCUCAGGAUAACACUGCAUCGGAUAAAGAUUAUGUGUCAGCUGCAUCUAGGAAAGGGGAGGCACCACUAAUCGUAACAGUUUCAUCCUAAGGUUAUUAUUUUUUUCUGUUUCAGUAUAUUUAUAACCUUAGGGUUCAUGUAUUAAGACCCCUAAUUCCAUCAUGAUCUUCCACUUUACCUGUGAGAGGCAAGUUUCAUAGAGAAAUGACCUUAGAUACUGGAGGGGAGAGGGCUAAUAUGUACUACUUGUUGAAAACCAUAUGGCCAUGCAUAAUGGAAACAUGAUAUUGGGGCUGAGAAGUUGGGAGAGAUACCUACUUUUCACACAAAGUUUGCACCCAUCCUUCCAUGAGAAGACUUUUUGCUAGAUGUUAUGAUGUGAUAUUAUGGGAAUCAGAAUUCCAAAGAUGAGAGAUUUAUUCUGCAAAAACAUUUUUUCUUGA